AUGACUAGCGUCCACCCUCCAGACAAUCCGCAGCAGCAGGAGUUGUCUCCAUUGAAGGAGAACGAAGAAAUGGGGAGACAGAGUCAGCAACGGAAUAAUCAACAAAAAAGAGGCUUCCAACUAGCACGAUCGCAUACUUACCCAUCCAAGAAGCGCAAACCUGAUAGAGAGCAAGUGCAAACAACAUUGGAUGGUGGAGUGGCAUUCGACCCAGUGAAAGACUGUCAGAUUUGCCACGCCCGAUUUCUUGGGCUUCGAAUUCCCAAACGAGCACAUCAUCCAAAGUGUUCAUUAAACCAAAAGACGAAAGGCCAAGACAACAUCCAUGAGCACACUAUAGCCUGUCGAGAGGAGGAGAAGAGACUCACUGAGCAUUUUCAGGCUCCAUUACAACAACACGAGAAGGGAAGUGCCAAAUACUUAACAAAAGAGAACGCCCAAGUCUUCUUUGCUCCCAAAUCUAAAUCAACAACAACAACAAGCAACAACACAACAACAACAACAACAACAACAACAACAACAACAACAACAACAACAACAAACAACAACAACCAACAACAACACCAACAACAAGCAACAAACAACAACACACAACAACAACAACAACAAAACAACAACAACUAA